GGUGGUGUGCGUCGCGCUUCUUCUUCAGUCUGUAACCGACCGUCGACGUCGUUGGACGCGUCGUGCGCAAAACGAGCAUAUUACACACGCGUUGUAUUCGUUUCGUAUCAUAUCGUAUAAUACAUAGACUGUGAGAGUGUUUUGUUUUGCAUAUAUACACACAUAGAGGAUUAUUUUGCUGUGCAUCGCAACUCAACGACUUUUGUGCAAGAUUUUGUGUGUUGUUUGAUUUUUUGAUUUGAAAAAUCAGCGAGAGAGUGUAUUUUUCUUGCUUGUGCAGUGUUUUGGAUGAAUAGCAUCCUCUGAGGCUGGUGGCUUAUGGCUCUACGCGGUGCGACGCUGAGGUAACAGCGCGAAACAACUUUGUUCCUCAGACCAGCCAGAUACCAGCAUAUCAUCAUCAUGUCUUGGAUACUUUUUGCAUUCUUUGUUCUUCUGACUUUGUCUCAUCAGGUUUUUUCAUCGGGAGUUUUUGAAUUGCGUUUGUUAUCCUUCGAUAAUAACGCAGGCAAAGACGACAACGGCAACUGUUGUUCCGGUGCACCUUUCGACUCUGUAGACCCGCAAGCCCCAUGUCUGGAACGCUGUUCACCGCGUUUCCGGGUAUGCCUGAAAGAAUACCAAACGCACAUCGACACCAAGUCCCCGUGCACCUUCGGAGAUGUCAUCACCAACACCCCGGAGGAUGGCUUCGCGUCUCCCAUACGCUUUCCGUUUCCAUUCACAUGGCCGAACACAUUUUCGUUGAUCGUCGAAGCGUGGCAUGGAAAUAGUUCAUCAACAGAAGUGCUGAUAUCACGUAUGACUAGAAGCAGCUCGUUGACGAUCGGCAAAAACUGGACGCAUUACGAGCAGCGCGCCAAGUACGCAACGUUGCGCUUUGAGUAUCGCGCUACCUGCGAUGACAACUACUAUGGGAAAGGCUGCGAGACCUUCUGCAGGCCGCGUGAUGAUGGCUUCGGACACUACACCUGCUCGCCGAGCGGCGAUCACGUCUGCCACGACGGCUGGGACGGUGAAUAUUGUGCCAAACCAAUCUGUCUGCCUGGAUGUGAUGUUGAGCAUGGUCAUUGUAAGCAACCCUACGAAUGCAGCUGUAAGCCCGGCUGGGAAGGUGAGCUCUGCAACCAAUGCCAGCGAUAUCCCGGCUGUGUGCACGGCACGUGCGUCAAUCGCUACGAGUGCAUGUGCGAAGAGGGCUGGGGUGGUCUCUUCUGCAACCAGGACCUCAACUUCUGCACCAAUCACAAACCAUGCCGGAAUGGCGGCACGUGUUUCAACACCGGGCAAGGUAGCUACACGUGCCAAUGCCCCGAGGGUUUCACCGGCACCGAAUGUGAGAUCCUCGUCAAUGACUGCUUCAAAACCCCGUGCCAGAAUGGAGGUACCUGUAGUCGACCAGCGAAUUCAUCCUAUCACACAUGCGUCUGCGCAGUGGGUUACCAUGGUUUCCUCUGCGAAGACUCCUCACAAACCUGCCUGGAUAAUCCUUGUAAAAAUGGCGGAAAAUGCACGGACACCAAUCAAGGUUAUCAGUGUUCAUGUAAGCCAGGCUACAGUGGCGCCGAUUGCGAGCAUCAAGUGAACGACUGCAAUCCGAAUCCAUGCAAAAAUGGCGGCAAUUGCGUGGACGGUAUCAACGGUUACAUGUGUAAAUGUCCGUUGGGGUUCAGCGGUGCGCAGUGCGAGAUUAAUAUCGAUGACUGCAAAGACAAUCCCUGCACGAAUGGCGGCACGUGCGUGGAUGAAAUCAACGGAUUCCGCUGCGCGUGCGCGGCGGGUUUCGCCGGGCAAUUGUGCGUCGAUAUCGUGGACUACUGCGUGACAAAACCAUGCGCUAAUGGCGGCACGUGCCAGCGUCUUACCAAUGGCUUUCAGUGUAUGUGCGCGCCUGGCUUCGCCGGUAAACAAUGCGACAAUGAAAUCAACGAGUGCGAAUCACAACCGUGUCAAAAUGGCGGUAACUGCGUCAAUCGGCUGCACGGUUUUGAAUGUCAGUGUCCGCUUGGGUUUAACGGACGCUCCUGCGAAGAGGUGGCGACUAGUGCUGCCCCCAGUGCGCGUGUGUCCUCCGAGUCGACGCUGUCGACUGAACAUGUGGUGGUCAUAGCGACAGUGUCAACAUUUGUGCCCAUGUUGGUCCUGAUUGCCGUCGGGGUGUUGAUAUGUCUGAAACAACGUCGUAAACGUGAGAAAGCCAAGGAGGAUGAAGAAGCGCGUCUGCAGAACGAGCAGAAUACAGCGCAUAGUAGUUUUACAAAGCGUGGUACCACCAUUGCACCCGACGCGCACAUGAUCAAAAACUCAUGGGGGAAGUGCACGAAUGUACUCAGCGCCCCGGAUGAGUGCAACAUGUCCGCAACCAGUGAUGAUGCAUACCCAAAGAGCAGUAUGCACAUCGAUGGACGAUCGGUGUACACACUGCAGCGGUCACGGUCCCAGAAACAGUUGAAUACUGAGCUGGGACCGCGAGCGUCAUCUGCAUUGCUUGCGGCGAAGUUACACGAGCCUGAUUUUGAUCAUGUCAAGCGUUUAUCUGUGAUGUCUAAUACCUCAGUUUGUGGAGCUAAUAGUUGCAGUGAUUCCUCACUGUUAAAACGGCCAGUAGAGAAAGACGUCAAUGGCGGAGUGUACGUCAUCGGUGAGCACUUCCAUCACAGUCCGAACGUGCUCGCGGACGCCCUCUAUGCCACCGAGGUCUAAACCUAACCUCUCUCUCAAACACUUACACACACACAUGUAGUUUAAAUACCUAUUUGGAUCGGACUGAAACUGAAACGAACGCCGAAGUGUAAAAAUAUUUAAGGCAGCGUAAAUUCGGCCACCGUACGACUCUGCAAGACUGACCUUUGUACAUUUAACUAUUUAUUUGCUGUACGCCAACCAUCGCGUCCGCCGCCCGGUGUCACGUGUGGCACGAGUGUGUUUUACGGUAUUUAUAUGUAUUAUGAAAAAUUGUAUAUGUUUAUUAGAUAAUGUAUUUAUAUUAAGACUGUGCAUGCCUCCAGCUCUUUCCGGUUCCAAGUGUUGUGAAACGCGCGAUUUUCGGUGCCAAAAAAACACACACACACACACACAUAUAGACAUAGACACACAGAGAAGUGAAGAUGAGAUUUGUGCUUCCGAUGACGCCAAACCCAGUGUGAAGAGACCGAGGAGACCGGUUCGGGCCGCUUUAAUUGAUUCGCUCGGUCUUUUUGUUUAUAGUGUAAAUAUUAGCUGUGUAAGCCGAUGACUCGGAGAUGAUGGUGACGCUCCUCUCUCAUUCAUUACGCGUUUGUUUGCACGUCGUGGCGUUUUUUUUUAUUUUAUAUUAUUAUUAUUAUUGUUUGUGUCGUGUGGAUAGUCAAGAGAGGCGAAUCGAUUAGCAGAAUGCGGCGCCGGUGAAAUUAACCAAAGAUAAAUAUGUAAAGCUCACGGCGUCACCGGAAGCGCGCCAUGUUGCGCACAUAACCAACUCUCACACAUCAACAACAGCUGAAAUUUUUGAAUUUUCGGGAAUCAUGCGUUGUGUAAUUGUAUUAUAAUUUUUCUACAAAGAAAUAAGUUCCUGCAUUUGUAUAACUAAGUCAUUGUGUGGUGGAGAUUGGUCUGCUGUGUCAAGAAAAUAUUUAUUUUUUUUUUAAAUAGAAAAAUAAAUGUUUUCUAGGAGAUGGAUUAAUUUCUACAGUGUAUUAAAAUUAUCUUUUUUCAAUUCAUAAAUAUUUUGUGUUUUUUUGGUGAAAUUUUAGCAAAAAACACAAAAAAUAAAAAUUUUGUGUUUUUUUUUUUAAUUUUUGCAAAAAAAAAACCACAAAAUUUAAAAAUUUUGAUUUUUGAAAACAAAAAAAACACAACACAAAAAUAAAAAAUUGUGUUUUUUUUUGAAAUUUUAGUAAAAGAACACAAAAAAAAUAAAAAAUUUGUGUUUUUUUAAUUUUUGCAAAAAAAAACACAAAAUUUAAAAAUUUUGAUAUUUUAGUUGAAAAAAGAUAAUUUUCCAGGUACUUUUAGUACUUAAUCGAACGAAUGAUGAAGAAAUUAUGUGAUUUUUGUACAUUUAACUUAAUUAUUACGUCGACUUCUCUCUUUUUACGAUAUUUUUGUGUAAAAUCUCGCAGCUUAACGAAAAAACACUUUUCCUUCAUUACACAUACAUACACACACACUCGAUGAUGGAUGUGUUCAUUGUUAAAUAUUUAAUUUAUUUAUUUUUUAUAUCUAUUAAAUAUAAUAUCAUGAUGAUUACGAUUUGA